GCAAUGUAGAUGGAUAUAAACUAAAGAAAUAUUGUUAUUAUUGUAUAUACAAAUUGCACCAUUGAGAUUAAUAAACACGGUUUAUUCAUGUCAAUGGAUUGCACUCAUUGCAGUAUCAUUCGCUUUACAUGUGUACAAAACCCAUAAGGAAAAUUUAACCAUAUUUUAAGUGAGAAAGAUAUUGGAUCGUUACCUUUUCUCAUUGUGCAAUUUCAAAAGCUGAGAAGAUUGGACGAAUGCUAAACACAUUUUGUAAAUAUGAAGAAAAAUAUAAAAAUAAACAACACACAAACCGAGUUAAAGUUGUUCAAUGGUACUGAAAUAGAUCGUUAUCUGUGUCACAUCAGGAUUCUAUCAGAGAAAGUGGAACGAGGUUUUGAAGAAGAUAACAGUUUGACGACACGAAAACAAAAUGUCAGAAAUGAUGUUGAUCUAUCAAAGAGUGAUGGCAAGUCAUGUCUUCUUUGUGGUGUGACAUUUUUAACAUUGGAAGAACAGAGAAGUCAUUUCACACUUGAUUGGCACAAGUAUAAUGUAAAGCAGAAAUUACUGCAAAGAGAUCCAGUGAAGGAAGAUGAAUUUGAAGAGAUGAUUUCUGGUGAACUUUCCAGUAUAUCAGGCUCUGAAUCUGAUUCUGCAGAAGAAGUUCUGACUACAGCAAAUCCUGAAACAAUACCUCUGAUGACUCUCAGUUUAUUGCCAAAUCAAAGCGAUUUGAAAUCAGAAGAAAAUUUAGUAAAUAAAUCAAAUCCAAAAGUAUAUUUUGUUAAUCAAAAUGGAACACGUAUGUCUGUUUUUCGAGAAGUUGUGUAUGGAGCAAAGGAGAAGCUCGCGCGUGAAGAUAUUGUGUCCCGAAUUCAAGAUCUCCCACAAGAAAAGACCUGGUUAAUCUUAAUGACUGGUGGUGGCCAUUUUGCCGGAGCUGUCUUUUCCGGGAAUGAUGUGUUGGUUAGUAAGACAUUUCACCGAUAUACCGUAAGAGCUAAGCGAGGAACGGCCCAAGGAAUCAGGGACAAUAAACAAGGCGGACAUGCACCAAGAUCAGCUGGGGCAACCUUGAGACGUUACAACGAAACUGCAUUAGUACAGGAUAUUCAAAAUCUUUUGGAAUCAUGGAGCGAGCAUAUAGAAAAAUGUAGCAGAAUUUUCAUGCGAGUCCCAAAUAAUUACAAAUGGAUUUUCUUCACAGGAAAAAAACCUCCAUUUGAAAAAGAUGAUUUACGUAUAAGAGUUAUUCCUUUCCCAACACGACGAGCGACAUUUAAAGAAUUAGAGAAUGUACAGAAAAAGUUAUCAUCUGUUAUUAUUGAAGAAAAUUACAUAGAAGAAUGUAAAAGUAAAACUGGUGUUGUCAGAGCUGACGAAAACCCCGAGGAUAAAACGAUAGAACAAAAAACGAACAAUUUACAGGAUGAUCAGAGCCAAAUGUUCAAAAGUUUAGAUAAUUUAGCAAAAAAGAAGUCUAAAAGCGAAAAAACGUCGAAAAAAGACAAUCAAGAAACAAACACAGCAGAAAGAACACAGGAAGUUGUACCGACAAUCUGGAUUGAGUUAUACGAGGCAGUGAAUACUGAGAACUCAGGAAAAACGAGAGGGGUUAUAGAAAGACUUAAAGAUGAAGAACUGAAGCACGAAUGUAGCGUGUUGAAAUAUACGGAAAAGUGGAGUGAUGGAACUGAGAAGAGCGAGACAAAUGAGAGUAGUAAUGACGAUGAAGAUAGAUUGAGCAAGUGUGGUUGGGCACAAACCAUGCUUAAUGAGAAGUUUGAGAGUUACGGGGAAACAAUCUUACAUCUUGCAUCACGUCUUGGUCAGCCGGAGAUCGUUAAAAUUUUACUUGAAACUGGAGGGAAUCCAUCAAUUAAAGAUUCCUUGGGUCGUGUUCCAUAUAAUAUCGCCAAAGACAAAGAGACGAGAAAUACAUUUCGUCGUUUUAUGGCCUUGUAUCCUGAUAAAUACGACUACGAUGAAGCCAGGAUUCCAAGUGCUUUGACUGCGGAAAUGGAAGAGAAAGAACGUCAAAAAACGGCCGAGAAAAAGAGAGCUCAAUCAAAAGCAAGAAAACAACGUUUAAAAGAAAAGAAAGUGGAUGAGAAAAUAAAAGAGGACGAAAGAGUAAGAAAAGAAAAAGAGGAAAAUGAAAAGAAAUGGUUUCAAAAUUUAAGCGAAAGAGAAAAGAGAGCGGUAGCAGCCGAAAGAAGACUAGGAAAUAUCUGUUUCAACUGCAGUCGAAGUUUGCAAGGAAUAGUUCCAUUUGAAAGACUAUCCAACAAAUAUUGUAGUACAGAGUGUGUUCAAAAACAUCGCAAGAUCAUGGAAAAUUCUAUGAAUUAAAAAAUUUAUAAAAAUAUACGCUUUUUGGCAGAGUAAUG